CCAGCGGAAAAGAAACGUUUACGUCGCGACAUAAUGUUUUUCACGCUGCAGUUUAUAUCUGUAAUAUAUAGGCAGCUUUAGGCGGUUUAAUACGCGACUUUUUCCAUUUCCAUCACUUACUCGUUCAUACACGAUUCGAUACAUUCUACAUGGAAAAAUGUAAGCGGCAGGUCACAUUUUAAUCACAGUCUGUGCUUAACGGUGCCGUUUGACAGUUUAACGCUUGAAACGAAUCCUCGUUGUCUCGCUCCUAAGGUGUAAUUGCUAAAGGGAUCUAUAAGCUGUACAUUGGCCACAACCUGCGUGAGCCAAAUGGAUUGAUCUUCCUCUCUGGUCAAGGAAUUUUGUUUGAAUUGUGUCAUAUCUAUUAUACAUGAAUGUUUGGAGAUUCGCCGGACAUUGCCGGAGAAGGAUCGAUUUCAGAUCUAGGAGAUCUAGAAGGAUGGUGGAAUAAUCAUGCGAUAGUAGCUUGGAGUCUUGCCCUUUUCGGCUGUUUCUUGCUAAAUGUCACGCUUCUAUUGGCAUUCCUCAUACGUCCGUCCUUGCGGACUAUUUCCAACAGGUUUGUCAUGAAUCUAACCGUGUCAAAUCUGUUGGUAUGCACCAUCAUGAACCCAUUAUUAAUCAUGGACGCCGCCUCAACAUCAUCCAAUUCUUCCAUAGCUGACCCACAGCCCAUAGCAAGUGUUUGCGCAAUGUCAGAGGGUGUUGUGGCCAUUGUGACUACAUCUUCGGUCUUCUCGGUUCUUUUGAUCGCCGUAGAUCAAUACUUUGCUGUGGUAGAUCCACUCCGUUACCGAGCUCGCGUAGAUAAGCUGAAAUCUGGUAUCUUGAUCAUCUCUACCUGGCUGAUCUCUAUAAUCUUUGGUUUCCUCGCAUUUUUCAAUCCGAAUCCCCAAAGCUUCUGGUUAUCUUGCAUAUCGAAGAAUAAAAUAUGGUCUUCCAAUAUCACUUCCUUCGAUUUCCUCACAGAAUCAACAGUGUUGGAAAACAAAACCGUGGAUCUAAACGUUAGUGAAGUUCCUGAAAUAGUGGAAACUAUCGAAUCCAUUCGACUCGUCGACAAUUUUGACCUUAUGGGAAACGAUACUAAAAUCUUCGAUACAUUUAUAGACAGUACAGUUACUUACGGCUUUGUCUAUGCCAUUGUGUAUAGCAUUUUUGCCUACUUCAUCCCAUUCGUUGCUGUUUGCUGGAUCUACAUCAGUAUUUAUGUGGCUGCUCAUAGAAAUUCGGAAAGAGCCAGAAGGAGUGGAUCCAGACCUAUACUAUCGUCAGCCAGCUUCUCGGAAGAACAAAAUGGCCCAUCUAGACUUCAACGUCUUCAAACGGAUACUAUCGAGGAUUUUCGCAAAUUACCAAAGAUAUCAAGCUUGUCCUCGAUUGACGAGACCAGUGAGACCUUACAGCCAACUGGCCAAUUAUCUCGAAGACGAUCUUUCUCGUCUUCCUUAGAGAUGGAAGUAUCUUCGCCACCUAUAGAGGAUAAAACAUGUUCAGGAAUUGUUUUUACAGUCGGUUUACAAAGAGUCGAGGUGACUCAAUCUUCGAACGAUAGAGAAGAAGAUGGUACGAAUGAUAAUUUGUAUAACGAUAAUUCUGCUACGAUAACCAACGAAAAUGUGAAUGAUAGUAAGGAUCACGAAGAAAAUUUACAAUCCGAGGAAAUGGAUACGUCGCCUAGAGUUCUGAAUCAGCAUGAACAGCUCUCCAAUAAUUGGAUCACAGGGAACUUUGUCAACGACAGCAGUGAUUCUGAAGACGAAGCUCAUUUCGAGUGUUUUGACAAUUUAAAUGUGAUUGAGCAAAAAUGUCCUCCAUCUAUCUGCGAUUAUUCCUCAAAUUUGCUGGAAGAGUCAUUACAGGUUUCUAAAACCAUCGGGAAGGAAGGAAAAUUGAAUAACGAAAUGAAACAGACAGAACCAACAGAGACAUCCAUCGAAAUCACUGACGAUCAAAAAGAAGAACAUCUACUGCAAAUAGAUUUUGACUCGGAAGGUCAGUUAUCAAAUCACAAAGACUCUGAAACUGUACUACCAAGUCCUUCAGAAGUGAGGUUAAACCGUAGGUUAUCGAUGACUGUUAAUAGAGACAUUUUAAUCAAUGCAUGUGAAAAUGGUAUCAGCUGUAACAAGACUGAGAAAGAUAACACUGGUAACGUUACUGAAUUAUCCUCGUGUCUCUUGACGCCAAUAGUGACGAUUACACCGGCGCCGAGUAAAAAUGAUAGUCUGCACCGUGUAUCAAGUGUGAGAAGUACCUCGAGCUACAUAAACUCUCUAAAGGAUCGGAUAAGCAACGGUUCUAUAUUUAGGCACAGAGAGGAGGCCAGGGCGGCACGAAUAAGUGCUCUGGUAAUCGUGAUGGGUCUGAUCUGUUGGUCGCCGUACGUGAUACUGCUGGUAAUGAAGAAUCUACCUCGAUCCACUGACCAACAUUUGCCCCAUAAAUACGACGUGUUGGCCUCCAGCCUCUUGAUCUUGGCUGCGUACAUUAGUCCGUUGUUGUUCGGCUACCGGUCAAAACGGGUAAAACGUGAGUUGAGGAGGUUCUUCUGCUUCAGGAGAGAAUUAUCGUACAAGAACAACCGAAGCCUAAUGGCCAAGAAGGUGCUGAAGAGGCGACACAGUAGUAACCUUAGCCAUUUCGAAAUGGAUCAUAAGUAUAAUAUAUUUAAUUGCGUGUAUGGGAGGAAUCGAUGGCCCAAGGAGAAGGUUCAGUUUGUUCAAGUACCGGACACGGCACUGGCUGUAGAAACUUGCAGGAGUAGCUUCUCCAGUGGAGCUAGUACUCAGAUCUCGAGCACUUCGACAGAGGAAUAUUGACGUGUAUCCAUGACGUUCCUGACAUUUUAAUAUUCGCUUGAAAUAAGUUUUUACAUUGGAGCUAUUUUUUGUAGAGUACUUAAUGCACAGUUAAUCGCGUGCAGGCAUCCUUAUGGGAGGUUGUUCUUUAUGAGGGAAUUUUACAUGAGGUGUUGAUAGAUGGAGACUGAAGAAGAGAAAGCGGAUUAUACAAGAUGAUUUGAGGAAACGGUCAAGUAAUUUAGAAGCAUAUAAUACUCGCUAGUGUACUCAAAAGAUGGUCCAAUAAUAUAUUUUC